CACCCAGCAGAGAGCUUCUGUUUGCAGGCGCCCCGUCCAUCGACAGGCCCUCACAAGCUGAGGGAAUGCCUCCCCCUCAUCAUCUUCCUACGGAACAGGCUGAAAUACGCCCUGACAGGAGACGAGGUGAAGAAGAUUUGCAUGCAGAGGUUCAUCAAGAUCGAUGGCAAAGUCCGCACGGACAUCACCUACCCUUCAGGCUUCAUGGAUGUCAUCAGCAUCGAGAAGACAGGCGAGCAUUUCCGCCUGGUGUACGAUACCAAGGGCCGGUUUGCUGUUCACCGCAUCACAGCUGAGGAGGCCAAGUACAAGCUGUGCAAGGUGAGGAAGAUCUUCGUGGGCACUAAAGGAAUCCCUCAUCUGGUCACUCAUGAUGCCCGCACCAUCCGCUAUCCAGAUCCCCUCAUCAAGGUGAAUGACACGGUCCAGAUUGACCUGGAGACGGGCAAGAUCACAGAUUUCAUCAAAUUUGACACAGGUAUGUGUCUUGUAUCCCGUGUUGCGAUCUUCCCCACUGUUGAGAGCAGUGUGGAAGUGAAAUACCAAUGCCAG